AAUUACUGAGUACUUCCUUAUUACAGCAAUCUGCAAGAAGUUUCUUAACUAGAAAAAAAAAGCUGCCUUUUGUUGACACUUAAAAAAACUUUUCAGUUAUAUUACUAAUUAGUUUUAAUUUUCUGAUUAUUAUCCAAAUAUUGGAAAAGGGCUGUCUUAAAAUUAUAGUUUGUCUAUGUAAGUUUCCGGUUUUCGACUCUUUUUUCGAUUCUUGAAAUUAAGAUAUCAAUUAUUAGUUUCUUGCUAAUAAAUUUUCUCUGUUUGUUGUUUGAGGCACAGGUGAAAUUAAAUAUGAAUCUAAAUGGAGAUAAAUAUGUAAGGUUAGUCCAAUGUAACAUGCACCAAUAUUCUAAUUUUUGUCUGUAAUAUGUUCAAUUGUGUCUUAAUCUCAUGCUUACUAUAUAUCGUGUGAUCGUACUCAGGUUCGAAAAAAGCAAUUCCGACAACAAGUCUUUUACCUCCGAUCGGCGCCCCAAAAUACAAGGGCUAUUUUCGUUAAUAAAACCAAGUUUGAGCUCGACUAUUGACCGAAUUAGAACGGGGCUCGAAAAAGGUUCCACGAGUGUCAAAAGCUUGAGAAGAUGGUCCUUAAAUCACCACUCACAAACCAGUACUAGGCAGAAAUCGAGCCCCAAAAAGAAAAUUCUUGAUCCUCAAGGGACCUUUCUGCAAAGAUGGGAUAAAAUCGUCGUACUUUCUUGCGUGAUUGCGGUAUCUUUGGACCCACUAUUCUUCUACAUUCCGGUGGUUGAUCCCGUAAACCGGUGUCUGUCUUUGGACAAGAAGUUGGAGAUCAUUGCUUGUGUUCUUCGAUCGUUUAUGGAUUUAUUCUAUAUAUUCCAUAUUUUCUUGCAAUUUCGUACCGGAUUUAUUGCGCCUUGUUCUCGUAUAUUUGGAAGGGGCGAGUUGGUCGAGGAUGCUAAAGCUAUAGCCAAACGAUAUUUGUCGUCUUACUUUAUUGUGGAUGUUUUAUCAGUUCUUCCUUUACCACAGGUAGUGAUUUUAAUAGUGAUCCCUAGUGUAAGCGCUCCGAUUUCGCUGGUGACGAAAGACUUACUGAAAAUCGUUAUUUUCGUACAAUAUAUUCCGAGACUGUUUCGGCUCUACCCUUUAUAUAAAGAGGUAACUAGAACUUCGGGUCUAUUUACGGAAACGCCCUGGGCCGGAGCUGCUUUCAAUCUCUUCCUCUACAUGCUUGCCAGUCAUGUUCUUGGAGCGUUCUGGUAUUUGUUUGCGAUAGAACGAAAGGAUAGGUGUUGGCGUAACGCGUGCCGUGAUAACAAAUGUAAUUUGGACGAUUUGUAUUGUGGAGGAGAAGUUAAAGGAGACACUUCAUUUCUAAAUACUUCUUGCCCACUUCUCGAACCGAACGAGAUAAAGAGCGAAUUGGAUUUCGACUUUGGCAUCGUUCUAGAUGCUCUUCAGUCUCGUGUUGCCGAGCAAAAGGACUUCUCUAGAAAGUUCUUCUACUGCUUUUGGUGGGGGCUAAGGAAUUUGAGUUCACUAGGGCAAAACCUGAAAACAAGCACUUUUGUGGGGGAGAUUCUUUUCGCUAUUGCAAUCUCGGUAAUCGGACUGAUCCUCUUCUCGUUUCUCAUCGGUAACAUGCAGAAAUAUUUACAGUCUAUGACAGUUAGGGUAGAAGAGAUGAGAGUGAAGCGUACAGAUGCAGAGCAAUGGAUGGCCCACCGAAUGCUUCCGGAAGAACUGAGGGGUCGUAUAAGAAGAUACGAGCAAUACAAAUGGCAAGAAACUCGAGGCGUUGAGGAAGAUUCUUUGAUCUGGAACUUUCCGAAAGACUUACGAAGGGACAUCAAACGCCAUCUCUGCUGGACUCUGCUCACUAGAGUGCCAAUGUUUGAGAAAAUGGACGAACGACUAUUGGAUGCAAUGUGCACUCGACUGAAGCCCGUUCUUUACACGGAGAACAGCUUUAUCGUACGAGAAGGAGACCCCGUUGACGAAAUGCUAUUCAUAAUGAGGGGUAACAUAUUAACCGUCACAACAAACGGGGGUAGAACGGGCUUUUACAACUCCGUAUAUCUAAUGUCGGGAGAUUUUUGUGGGGAAGAGCUUUUGACUUGGGCAUUGGAUCCAAAUUCUUCUUCGAGCCUUCCUAUUUCGACCCGAACGGUGCAAGCAGUUAAAGAUGUCGAGGCUUUUUGUUUAAUGGCCGACGACUUAAAAACCGUCGCCUCCCAAUUUAGACGGCUUCAUAGUAAACAGCUUCAACACACUUUCAGGUUAUAUUCUCAACAAUGGAGAACAUGGGGGGCGUGUUUUAUACAAGCGGCGUGGCGAAGGCAUUGCAGAAGGAAGAUGGAAAAGUCGUUGCGAGAGGCGGAAGAUAGAGUGAUGCAUGGCGCGUUAUUAGGUGUGGAUUCACCGAGCAUUGGUGCUGCCGUUUAUGCGUCGAAAUUUGCUACUAAUAUGCUCGCUAAUUUGAGGCGUAAUAAUAUUCCGUCGCCGAAAUUACCGACUCUAUUGCCUCAGAAGCCAGCCGAGCCUGAUUUCAGUACAGAAAAUCAUUCGUAGAAUUCAAAUAAUUACUGUUUUUUUUUUAUUUGUACAUAAAGAUUUUACAAAGCAAUUUUCUU